GGGCCGCUGCUUCCCUGGCGCGAUCUUCGUUGUUUCUUUUCCGGCUUCGUUGGCUGCGUGUGGCCCGCGGGCGAAGACUUUCUGAAACGGCCUCGGGAAACCCGGCUCGGGCGGGGCGGGAAUGAGCUAGCGGUCCGUGUCACCCCCACGCUCACGCACCCUCCCUGCCUGGCCGCGCCUCUGCGACCAGGUAACCCAAUGAAAGAAGAAAAUGAAAGGCAUUAAGAAAAGUCUUACAGAAGAAUAUCUAUACUUGGACUUUUCUCACCAAAAAGAAGGGUUCAUCUUUCCUCUUCAUACAUCUAUAACUUUAUUUUUGUUAUCAUACUGUGACUGCAAAAUCUUCAAAGUUUGCUUAGUCCUCACUGGAGAAAGCACAGGCAUUUCACUACUUAAAAGUGUACUGUCUGAGAAUGUUGAAAUACAGAUUAUUUCAAGGCAAGAGCUUCCACCAAUAGUCCAGAGUUGCUGUUUACCUGCAGUAGUAGAAAGACCAGACAAUUUCUGUAGAGCAGGACUUGCUGUUGUUCUGAGACACAUAAUCCAGAAAUCAUAUGAAGCAGACGCCUCAAAGAAGGAAAUUUUGGAACUUCUGGGUUUUAAGAAGACUUGCUUGAAAGCCUGUGCUGAAGUUAGUCAGUGGACCAGGCUAUGCGAACUUACCAUCCCUUUAGCUAUUGAGAAUUUUCUCAAAGAAUCUUCUGACCAGCCCCCAGCUAUCCCUGCUGAAAUACUAGAGCUUGAGAAGAAGCUUAGUGAGCCCGUUAGGGUACAUAAUGAUGACAAACUCCGGCGGCAGAAGCUGAAGCAGCAGAAGGCUGCUGGGGUUAGGCCUUCCCUUUCUAAGGAAGAAACGAAGAGCAAGGUCCAUAGACAGGAAACAUCUGAAGAGGUGGACUCUUCAUCGGCGAGCCUGGAACUGAGAGUGGCAUUUUCAAAGCUCACAGUACAUGAGGAACCAGCUCCUGCCAACAGGGAGCCUGCUCACGUCAGAAAAGCGAAAGCUUCUGACCUUCCGCCUCUGGACCAUGUGUUUGUAGAAGGCCUGUACUUCACUUUGGCAGAUAUUGUGCUCUUGCCCUGUAUCCAUCAUUUUUUGGUAAUUAUCUGCAAGAAACUUUCUGAAAAGCUGGUAGAAUUUCCACUGCUGGCUGCCUGGUACCAGAGAAUUCAGGAAGUGCCAAGAGUAAAAACAACAGCUUCUCAGUGUGGGAUCCAAUUUCUCAAUUUACCAGAAUUACAGACCACCUCGAAUGAACAGCAACCAAGCUUAGAUGAGGUCCCAUGUGUCGAGGAGCAAAAUGAUCCUUCAUUUAUAGGAGGACCAAGACCCACCAUGACUAAGCUAAUGGAAAAAGGCAUUGAAGUGAUGUUUUCUCCCCACCCUUGCCCUACUUGGACCCUUGAUUGGGAUGCUCUUCCUGCAGCAGUGAGCCCAAAGGAAGGUAAAAUGUCCAGUGAUCGAGCUUUGAGGAAGCAGCAACAGUUAAACAACCUUGUUUAUGUGGUGACAAAUCAGGCCAAACCUGGUGACAGAAUUGUGGAUUUCUGCAGCGGUGGGGGCCAUGUUGGGAUUGUCCUUGCUCACAUGCUGCCAUCAUGCCAGGUUACAUUAAUAGAAAACAAGGAAUUAUCAUUAAUUCGUGCUAAGAAGAGAAGUGACGAACUAGGGUUAAGCAACAUUUGGUUCAUUCAAGCAAAUAUGGAGUACUUUACAGGGACAUUUAAUAUUGGGGUGGCGUUGCAUGCUUGUGGAGUGGCAACAGACAUGGUGAUUGAGCAGUGCAUCAAAACACGGGCUUCCUUUGUCACGUGCCCUUGCUGUUAUGGUUUCAUUCAGAACACUUCAAAGUUUAAUUUUCCAAAAAGUGAACAAUUCAAGAAAACUUUAUCAUACAAGGAACACAUGAUUCUAUGCAGAUUUGCAGAUCAGACAGCUGUCCAGCUUCCACCCCAACGAAGGCUCAUAGGAAAACAGUGCAUGUUCCUGGUGGAUCUGGAUCGAGCAAGAGCUGCAGAAGAACGUGGCUACUCCAUUCAAGUGAUGUCCAUGGAGCCAGAGAGCUGCUCUCCCAAAAAUAACAUGAUUGUGGGAGUCCCCAUUUAGAAUGAGAUAUUCCACGUUUGAUGUUUUGCCAUCCGUCUCUGUGAUGAAAGCCCAGUGGCAUUCAGGAGGGUCUUGGCAUAACUAGGAAACAGCAUUAGCCAUCUUGAACCUAUUGUGCUCAGGGAAGAACACAGCAGGAAAGUCUUGGAGGAAGGCUGCCUGCAAAGCAUCACAAAUGCUCUUGUAAUUGUGAUUAAAGGACUGCUGGUUUUCAUAGUGAGAAUCCCCUGAAGUCUCAGCUGCCAGCAGAGUGAUACUCAUGAGAGGAGUUUCCAUUACUGGAAUAAUGAUUUCUUUCUCAGUUCACAGCUUUUCUGAUCUUGCCAGUGUGGGGUUCAGUUCAAAAGAAUGUACUUGCAGCCUUAAAACCAUUUAGAGAUUCAAGUGGAGACCAAAACUAGACUCAGUGGGGUUUGUUUGUUUGUUUGUUUUUUAUAUUUUUAACAAUUGUAGUUUUUAAAUAAUUUUUUCAAAAAUCUAGUCAGAUAGUUACAGUGUGCUUAUAUUUUUAAGCCGGGGUGAGUUGGACUUAUAUAUCAUUUCAUAUACUCCUUUUAAACAUAUUUCUCAUAAAUUACCAAAUAAGAUCAUUGCUGGUUCAAACAUUUUAUAUGAAGAUUUUAAAUAAUUUCAGUAAAUUUCCCAUUACAGGAACAUGUAAUUUGGACUUAAAUUCUAACUAAUCAGUAAAUACAUUGAUUUAUUAACUCUAGUCAAUAAAUAAUUGUUACAGAUCCAUUAUUUUCAAGAUCCUGACCUAGAUUCAUCUAAGAAUACAAAGAUGAGUUGCAACAGACACAGUGCCUUGCCUGUAGAAGUAAAUCAUGUACAAGAGAAAGGUUCAUGGAUUAGUUAAGUUCUUUACAUCAUAAUAUAAUGUAUGGUCACAGGAUUUGUUUUUCAGAUACCAAUCUUUUUUUUUUUUUUUUUUGGUAAAACGUACUGAGUGUAAAUCGCAGGUGGAAGGAGUUGAGUAUGGAAGCUUAUUUGAGUAGUUCUCUCCACCCAAAUUGUCCUUAUUCCACCAGCCAAAGUUUUUAAAACCAGAUGGCAGGUCUUUUCUCACAUGCUGCUAAUUAUUUUUUACAUGUCCUGGGUUAUUCCACUUGAGCUGAGAUUUAUUUCAUCGAUUUUGAUGUUUUCAACUCCCCGUAUGACACAUAUCAUGAGGAGAAAGGGCUUUAAUAAAUAACUCUUUCGUCACUGUGGAUUAAAAUACAGGAAUAAUUUAUAAAGGGUAUGGGGGUUUGAACUCUUGCUUUCUGGGAUAAAAUUAAAAGAAUUAACCAUCAGCCCUGAGUAUCUUAGUCAUUUGCACGUAUAAACACACCAUGCUCUUUUAUCCAGGGCUUUUUCAAUUGAGGAAAAAUUUACAGCCAAUAAAAUAGCAGAUUUUUUUUUUUUUUUUCAUUUGCGGUACGUGGGCCUCUCACUGUUGUGGCCUCUCCCGUUGCGGAGCAACAGGCUCCGGACGCGCAGGCUCAGCGGCCAUGGCUCACGGGCCCCGCCGCUCCGCGGCAUGUGGGAUCUUCCCGGACCGGUGCACGAACCCAUGUCCCCUGCAUCGGCAGGCGGACUCUCAACCACUGCGCCACCAGGGAAACCCAAAAUAGCAGAUUUUAAGUGUUCAGUUUGAGAAGUUUUGACAACCAUAUAUACUCAUGCAAGCACCACCAGAAAUAAGAUAUAGAAUAUUUCUGUCAGUCUAGAAAAUUCUCUCAUGUGCUUUCAGUUCAAUUUCCCCCACCCCAAAGGCAACCACUCUCUGAUUUCUAUCACCCUACAUUUGUUUUGCCUAUUUUUAUCCUUCACAUAAAUGAAGUCAUUUAGUAUGUAGUCUUUUGUGUCGGGCUUCUUUUGCUCAACAUGGUAUUUUUUGAGAAAUAUCCACUUCAUUGUUUGUAUCAAUGCUUUCUUCUUAUUCUUAAGUAGUAUUUCAUUAUAUCAAAAUCUGUUUAUCCAUUCUCCUACUGGUAUUUAUUUGGAUUGUUUUCACUUUGAGGAUAUUGAGAAUAAGGUCUAUGAAUGUGCUUGUACAAGUCUUUUUGUAGACAUAUAUUUUCAUUUCUCUUGGAUAAAUACCCAGUAGUAGAAUUGCUGGGUCAUUGAAGAAAUGAAUGUCAGUUGCCAAACAGUUUUCCAAAGUUGUUGUACCAUUUUAUAUUCCCACCAGCAAUGUAUAAAGGGUCUAGUUCUCUACAUCCUCACCAACAUUUGAUGUUGUCAGUUUUUUAAAUUUUUACCAUUCUGGUGGAUGUGAAAUGGUAUCUCAUUGUGGUUUUAAUUUUUAUUUCUCUGAUAACUAGUAUGUUAAGCAUCAUUUAUAAAGUGUCUACUAAAGUCUUUUGCUCAUUUUUAAAAUUAGGUAAUUUGGGGUAUUUUUUAUUGUUGAUUAUAUAUUCUGGAUAUGAGUCAAUUGUCAUAUAAAUGUAUUGAGACUAUUUUUCCCAGUCUGUGGCUUGCUUACUCAUUUUUAUAAUGAAUGUUUCAAUUUUUAAUAAGCCUAAUUUAUAUUUGUCUUUUAUGCUUAAUAUUUUCU